AUGCCUCAAGUGUUCCUUGGCACCUUCCUGUACCUGAAGUUCCUGGUGGUGUGGGCCCUGGUGCUGCUGGCAGAUUUUGUGCUGGAGUUCAGGUUUGAGUACCUGUGGCCCUUCUGGCUCUUCAUCAGGAGCGUUUACGAUUCCUUCCGAUACCAGGGCUUGUUCACCUUCCUGUACCUGAAGUUCCUGGUGGUGUGGGCCCUGGUGCUGCUGGCAGAUUUUGUGCUGGAGUUCAGGUUUGAGUACCUGUGGCCCUUCUGGCUCUUCAUCAGGAGCGUUUACGAUUCCUUCCGAUACCAGGGCUUGGCCUUCUCAGUAUUUUUUGUGUGUGUAGCAUUUACCUCCAACAUCAUCUGUCUGCUCUUCAUCCCAAUCCAGUGGCUGUUCUUUGCUGCCAGCACCUACGUGUGGGUACAGUAUGUGUGGCACACAGAAAGAGGUGUGUGCUUACCAACAGUAUCACUGUGGAUACUUUUUGUUUAUAUUGAAGCAGCCAUUAGAUUUAAAGAUUUAAAAAACUUUCACGUGGACCUUUGUCGUCCGUUUGCAGCGCACUGCAUUGGCUACCCUGUUGUGACUUUGGGCUUUGGCUUUAAAAGUUACGUCAGCUACAAGAUGCGUUUGAGGAAGCAGAAAGAGGUGCAGAAGGAGAACGAGUUCUACAUGCAGCUCCUGCAGCAGGCACUGCCCCCAGAGCAGCAGAUGCUGCAAAGGCAAGAGAGGGAGGCAGAGGAAGCAGCCAAAGGAUUAUCUGAUAUGGAUUCCUCAAUGCUCCUGCAGCACAAUGGAGGCAUUCCAGCCAAUAAAAAAAUCUCUGCAACGUUGCCAGAGCUGGAAUAUCGAGAAAAAGGGAAAGAAAAGGACAAGGAUGCAAAGAAACACAACCUUGGAAUAAACAACAACAUUUUGCAACCUGUAGACUCUAAAAUACAAGAAAUUGAAUAUAUGGAAAACCAUAUCAAUAGUAAAAGAUUAAAUAAUGAUCUUGUAGGAAGUACAGAAAACCUCUUAAAAGAGGACUCAUGCACUGCCUCGUCCAAAAAUUACAAAAAUGUCAGUGGGGUUGUGAACUCCUCACCCCGCAGCCACAGUGCAACCAACGGGAGCAUCCCUUCCUCAUCCUCAAAAAAUGAGAAAAAACAGAAAUGUGCCAGCAAGAGCCCGAGCACACAUAAGGACUUAAUGGAAAAUUGUAUUCCUAAUAACCAGCUAAGCAAACCAGAUGCACUGGUAAGGUUGGAGCAGGACAUCAAGAAGCUAAAGGCUGACCUGCAGGCCAGCAGGCAGGUGGAGCAGGAGCUGCGCAGCCAGGUGAGCUCGCUGAGCUCCGCCGAGCGCGGCAGCCGCGCCGAGAUGGGCCAGCUCCGGCAGGAGAACGAGCUGCUGCAGAACAAGUUGCACAACGCUGUACAGAUGAAGCAGAAGGACAAACAGACCAUCAGCCAGCUGGAGAAGAAGCUGAAGGCAGAGCAGGAGGCACGAACCUUUGUAGAAAAGCAAUUAAUGGAGGAGAAGAAAAGGAAGAAGUUGGAAGAAGCAACUGCUGCACGAGCUGUGGCCUUUGCUGCUGCCACCAGGGGGGAAUGCACCGAAAGCCUUCGGAAUCGCAUCCGGGAGCUGGAGACAGAGUGCAAGAAAUUAACAAUCGACAUCAAACUGAAAGAGGAUCAGAUCAGAGAGCUGGAAAUGAAAGUUCAGGAGCUGAGGAAGUACAAGGAGAACGAGAAGGACACGGAGGUGUUGAUGUCAGCGCUGUCAGCCAUGCAGGACAAGACACAACACCUGGAGAACAGCCUGAGUGCAGAGACCAGGAUCAAGCUGGACCUGUUCUCUGCCCUGGGAGAUGCAAAAAGGCAGCUGGAGAUUGCCCAAGGGCAGAUCCUGCAGAAGGAUCAGGAAAUCAAGGAGCUCAAACAGAAGAUCGCAGAGGUGAUGGCAGUGAUGCCCAGCAUCACCUACACCGCAGCCACCAGCACUCUGAGCCCCGUGUCCCCACAUUAUUCUUCCAAAUUCGUGGAGCCCAGCCCCUCUGGACUCGACCCCAACGCCUCUGUCUACCAACCCCUGAAGAAAUGAAUAAAUGCCAAGGUUUCCCUCUGCCCUGGGGGCUGCACGAGCUCCCAGGGGGGGUCUCUUGCAGUCAAGAUGAAAUUGUUUCGUGUGGGACUGUGUUUGUUGUCAUUUCCAGCAGGAGAAAAGAGCGUUGACUAGAGCUGCCCAUCAGGUUUUUUGGGUUUUUUUUUUUCUUGUAAAUUUUUCGAGAAACCUCACGGAACUUUGCGAUUUAUUUUCCUCGGCCAACGCAUUAAAAACGAUUCUUGGUUUUCAA